AGACAAACUGCUGGGAGUCUGCAAGAUGGCGGCGGAGUGUUAGAGGUGCCGCCGAUUUUCCGCCGUUUCUGGAGUCCGCUCGUUGUUGGUUUCUUUCCCCGCUUUGUCACGGAGAGGCAGUGAGUCCGGGCGGCGGGGGAGGCUGUACAGGAGAGGCCGGCGCUGUGCUCGGAGAGAAGGAGCCGAGGGCGCAGCUCCGCCUCGUACGGGAGUCCGCAGACAUUUUCUUUUUUUUUUCUCGUGUUAAUUUCACCUACGGAUCCGGAAUCCUCGGCGGGGCCCCCGGGCUCUCUCCGCUAUGACGUCCAUACACUUCGUGGUACAUCCGCUGCCUGGAACCGAGGACCAGCUCAAUGACCGGUUAAGAGAAGUUUCAGAAAAAUUAAAUAAAUACAACUUGGCCAGUCACCCGCCUCUGAAUGUACUGGAGCAGACGACGAUAAAACAGUGUGUGGUUGGUCCGAACCAUGCUGCUUUCCUCCUGGAGGAUGGAAGAAUCUGCAGAAUUGGCUUUUUAGUCCAACCAGACAGACUAGAAUUAAGUAAACCGGAAAAUAAUGAUGGUUCAAAGUUGAACAGUGGCUCAGGGGCAGGAAGGACAUCCAGGCCAGGCAGGACUAGUGACUCUCCCUGGUUUUUGUCUGGCUCUGAGACUCUGGGCAGACUGGCAGGCAACACCCUUGGCAGUCGGUGGAGUUCUGGGGUAGGUGGAAGUGGAGGUGGCUCUUCUGGCCGGUCUUCUGCAGGUGCUAGGGAUUCUCGUAGACAAACCCGGGUCAUCCGCACUGGGAGGGACAGAGGCUCUGGACUUCUGGGAAGUCAACCGCAGCCAGUAAUUCCAGCUUCAGUGAUACCCGAAGAACUCAUAUCACAGGCUCAGGUUGUCCUUCAAGGAAAGUCUCGGAGUGUCAUAAUAAGAGAGCUACAGAGGACAAAUCUUGACGUGAAUUUGGCAGUGAACAAUCUCUUGAGCCGGGAUGAUGAAGAUGGUGAUGAUGGAGACGACACGGCCAGUGAAUCCUACUUACCAGGAGAGGAUCUUAUGUCACUGCUGGAUGCUGACAUUCAUUCUGCUCACCCAAGUGUCAUAAUUGAUGCUGAUGCUAUGUUUUCAGAAGAUAUUAGCUACUUUGGUUAUCCAUCCUUUCGGCGCUCUUCACUUUCCAGGAUAGGCUCAUCUAGAGUUCUCCUUCUUCCCUUAGAAAGAGACUCUGAGCUGUUGCGUGAACGUGAGUCAGUUUUACGCUUGCGUGAGAGGAGGUGGCUUGAUGGGGCCUCAUUCGAUAAUGAAAGAGGCUCCACAAGUAAAGAAGGGGAGCCCAGUUUGGACAAGAAGAACACUCCUAUACUGAGUCCAGUAUCACUAGGAGAAGACCUGCAGUGGUGGCCAGAAAAGGAUGGAACUAAAUUUAUUGCCAUUGGCGCUCUGUAUUCAGAGCUGGUUGCUGUGAGCAGUAAAGGAGAGCUGUAUCAAUGGAAGUGGUUGGAAUCUGAACCAUAUAGGAACCCACAGAAUACAUUGCUUCAUCAUCCAAGAACAGCCUUCUUAGGCUUGACAAAUGAGAAGAUUGUUCUUCUUUCUGCGAACAGUAUACGUGCAACGGUUGCUACAGAAAGCAAUAAGGUGGCCACAUGGAUAGAUGAGACGCUAAGUUCAGUCGCUUCAAAAUUAGAACAUACAGCCCAAGUGUUUCCAGAGCUGCAGGGAGAGAAGAUUGUGUCACUACACUGUUGUGCACUUUACACUUGUGCACAACUGGAAAACAAUCUUUACUGGUGGGGUGUUGUUCCCUUUAGCCAAAGGAAAAAAAUGCUUGAAAAAGCCAGAGCAAAAAACAAAAAACCUAAGUCCAGUGCUGGGAUUUCUUCAAUGCCAAACAUUACAGUUGGUACCCAGGUUUGCUUAAGAAAUAACCCCCUUUAUCAUGCUGGGGCAGUGGCCUUCUCUAUUAGUGCUGGAAUUCCUAAAGUCGGUGUUCUGAUGGAAUCUGUCUGGAAUAUGAAUGACAGCUGCAGGUUCCAACUGAGAUCACCUGAGAGCCUAAAAAACCUUGAAAAAACUAGCAAGACUACAGAGAUCAAACCUGAAAGCAAACAAGAGCCUGUAAAAACUGAAAUGGGACCACCUCCUUCUCCUGCAUCCACCUGUAGUGAUGCAUCUUCCAUUGCCAGCAGUGCUUCAAUGCCAUAUAAACGCAGACGAUCUACGCCAGCUCCCAAAGAGGAGGAGAAGGUGAAUGAAGAGCAGUGGUCACUGAGAGAAGUUGUGUUUGUCGAAGAUGUCAAAAAUGUCCCUGUUGGCAAGGUGCUUAAGGUUGAUGGAGCUUACGUUGCAGUGAAGUUCCCUGGCACAUCCAAUAAUUCAAACAACCAGUGCACUCCAGGCUGUGAUCCUGACCCAUCAUCUCUCCUCCAAGACUGCAGACUUUUAAGGAUUGAUGAGCUCCAGGUGGUGAAGACCGGUGGAACGCCAAAAGUCCCUGAUUGUUUCCAAAGGACUCCUAAAAAGUUGUGCAUUCCUGAAAAAACUGAAAUACUUGCUGUCAAUGUAGAUUCUAAAGGCGUCCAUGCUGUACUAAAGACCGGCACAUGGGUGCGUUACUGCAUUUUUGACCUUGCUACUGGAAAAGCUGAGCAGGAGAACAAUUUCCCCACCAGCAGCAUUGCCUUCCUUGGGCAGAAUGAGAGAAACGUGGCCAUUUUCACAGCCGGACAGGAAUCUCCCAUUAUUCUUAGAGAUGGAAAUGGUACCAUUUAUCCCAUGGCUAAGGACUGCAUGGGGGGCAUCAGAGACCCUGAUUGGUUGGAUCUUCCUCCAAUCAGCAGUUUGGGAAUGGGGGUGCACUCAUUGGCUAAUUUACCUGCAAACUCUACCAUCAAGAAGAAGGCUGCCAUCAUUAUUAUGGCUGUUGAGAAACAAACUUUGAUGCAGCACAUCCUGCGCUGUGACUACGAGGCCUGCCGACAGUAUCUGAUGAACCUGGAACAGGGUGUCGUCCUGGAUCAAAAUACCCAGAUGCUGCAGACAUUUCUCAGCCACCGAUGUGACGGGAAUCGAAAUAUCCUCCAUGCUUGUGUCUCUGUUUGCUUUCCUACCAGCAACAAAGAGACUAAAGAGGAGGAGGGUAAGGAAGCAGAGCGCUCUGAGAGGAAUACAUUUGCUGAGAGACUUUCUGCUGUGGAAGCCAUCGCCAAUGCCAUCUCUGUGGUGUCCAGUAAUGGGCCUGGAAAUCGGGCUGGAUCUUCCAGCAGCCGAAGCUUAAGACUAAGGGAGAUGAUGAGGAGAUCGCUUCGAGCAGCAGGAUUGGGACGACAUGAAGCUGGGGCUUCAGGUGAUCAUCAGGAUCCUGUUUCUCCACCCAUAGCACCUCCUAGCUGGGUGCCAGAUCCACCGGCAAUGGAUCCAGAUGGUGACAUAGAUUUUAUCCUGGCCCCUGCAGUAGGAUCCCUUACUACAACAUCCACUGGCACUGGUCAAGGGCCUAGUACAUCAACCAUUCCAGGUCCCUCUUCAGAAGCUUCAGUGGUGGAGUCGAAAGAUCGAAAAGCGAAUGCUCAUUUUAUCCUGAAGUUACUGUGCGAUAGCGUGGUUUUGCAGCCAUACCUCCGAGACCUCCUUUCUGCCAAGGAUGCUAGGGGCAUGACUCCUUUCAUGUCUGCUGUUAGUGGAAGAGCUUAUCCAGCUGCUAUAACUAUUCUAGAGACAGCACAGAAAAUCGCCAAAGCUGAAGCAAAUGCAAAUGAAAAAGAGGAGGAUGUUUUCAAAGCAAUGAUUUGCCCACCUGGAACCAAUGCAGAUGAUUCUCCCCUGUAUGUUCUUUGCUGUAAUGACACUUGUAGCUUUACAUGGACUGGAGCUGAGCACAUCAACCAGGACAUUUUUGAAUGCCGAACAUGUGGCCUAUUGGAAUCUCUUUGCUGUUGUACAGAGUGUGCUAGGGUUUGUCACAAAGGACAUGACUGCAAGUUAAAACGAACGUCACCAACGGCCUAUUGUGAUUGUUGGGAGAAGUGCAAAUGUAAAACAUUAAUCGCAGGCCAAAAGUCUGCUCGCCUUGACCUGCUGUACAGACUACUGACCAUCACUAAUCUAGUCACUAUGCCAAACAGCAGAGGUGAGCACCUACUUCUCUUCUUGGUCCAGACGGUUGCCAGACAAACAGUUGAGCAUUGCCAGUACAGACCGCCCCGUAUCCGUGAGGACAGAAAUCGCAAAGCAGCCAAUCCUGAAGAUUCUGACAUGCCAGACCAUGAUUUGGAGCCCCCAAGAUUUGCACAACUUGCACUGGAACGUGUCUUGCAAGACUGGAAUGCACUUAAAUCCAUGAUCAUGUUUGGCUCUCAAGAAAACAAGGACCCUCUUAGUGCAAGCAGCCGAAUUGGUCACCUUCUCCCAGAGGAGCAAGUUUAUCUAAAUCAACAGAGUGGUACCAUCCGCCUGGACUGUUUUACUCACUGCCUUAUUGUGAAAUGCACAGCAGACAUCUUGCUUUUGGACACUUUGCUUGGAACUCUUGUGAAAGAACUUCAGAACAAAUAUGCUCCUGGGCGUAGAGAGGAGGCAGUAGCAGUCACAAUGCGUUUUCUGCGGUCUGUGGCACGUGUCUUUGUUAUUCUUAGUGUUGAAAUGGCUUCAUCCAAAAAGAAAAACAAUUUUAUUCCACAACCUAUUGGCAAAUGUAAGAGAGUUUUCCAGGCAUUGCUUCCUUAUGCAGUGGAGGAGCUGUGCAAUGUUGCCGAGUCGCUUAUUGUCCCUGUGAGAAUGGGAAUCGCACGACCGACUGCCCCGUUUACCCUGGCCAGCACAAGCAUCGAUGCCAUGCAAGGAAGUGAAGAGCUUUUCUCUGUGGAACCUCUUCCACCAAGACCAUCAUCGGAUCAAUCCAGCAAUUCUAAUCAGUCCCAGUCAUCGUACAUCAUAAGAAAUCCGCAGCAAAGGAGGAUCAGUCAGUCACAGCCAGUGAGAAGCAGAGAUGAAGAACAGGAUGACAUUGUAUCUGCAGAUGUAGAAGAGGUGGAAGUAGUGGAAGGAGUGGCUGGUGAAGAAGAUCAUCAUGACGAACAAGAGGAACAUGGGGAAGAGAAUGCAGAGGCUGAAGGACAACAUGAUGAACACGAUGAGGAUGGGAGUGACAUGGAAUUAGAUCUCUUGGCGGCUGCAGAGACUGAAAGUGACAGCGAGAGCAAUCACAGUAACCAGGACAACGCCAGCGGCCGCCGGAGUGUGGUAACUGCAGCGACUGCUGGUUCAGAAGCAGGUGCAAGCAGUGUUCCAGCUUUCUUCUCUGAAGAUGACUCCCAGUCUAAUGACUCCAGUGACUCGGAUAGCAGUAGUAGUCAGAGCGAUGACCUUGAUCAGGAGACUUUCAUGAUUGAUGAGCCUUUAGAGAGAUCGACGAAUAGCACCCAUGCAAAUGGUGCUGCACAGGCUCCACGUUCCAUGCAGUGGGCUGUGAGGAACACCCAAAAUCAGAGGGCCCCCAAUGCAGCCCCUUCUAGUACCUCCACCCCAGCAGCCAGCUCCGGAGCACUUAUUUACAUUGAACCAUCCAGCUUGCGGAGAAGUGGGAAUAUGAGUUCCAGUGCAGCAGCUGCUCUUGAAGCAAGCAACUCCAGCAGCUACUUAACAUCUGCAAGCAGCCUGGCAAGGGCAUACAGCAUAGUUAUUCGGCAAAUAUCAGACUUAAUGGGUUUAAUCCCGAAGUAUAACCACCUGGUGUAUUCCCAGAUCCCUGCUGCUGUAAAGCUGACUUACCAAGAUGCUGUUAAUUUGCAGAACUAUGUGGAAGAAAAGCUUAUUCCAACCUGGAACUGGAUGGUCAGCAUAAUGGACUCCACAGAAGCACAACUCCGUUAUGGCUCUGCAUUGUCAUCUGCUGGGGAUCCUGGUCAUCCAAACCACCCUCUCCAUGCAUCCCAAAAUUCUACCCGUAGGGAGAGGAUGACUGCACGUGAGGAAGCAAGUUUAAGGACACUAGAGGGUAGAAGAAGAGCCACUCUACUCAGCGCUCGCCAAGGGAUGUCUGCACGAGGAGACUUUCUAAACUACGCCCUAUCACUGAUGCGCUCCCACAAUGACGAACACUCUGAUGUCCUUCCUGUGCUGGAUGUUUGUUCGCUGAAACACGUGGCUUAUGUUUUUCAAGCUCUUAUUUAUUGGAUUAAAGCGAUGAAUCAGCAGACUACAUUGGACACCCCACAACUGGAGCGAAAGAGAACAAGAGAACUGUUGGAGCUUGGUCUCGAUAAUGAAGACUCAGAGCAUGAAAAUGAUGACGACACCAAUCAGAGCUCUACUUUGAACGACAAGGACGAUGACACACUUCCUGCGGAAACUGGCCAGAACCACCCAUUUUUCCGACGUUCAGAUUCGAUGACGUUCCUUGGUUGCAUUCCACCAAAUCCUUUUGAGGUUCCGCUUGCAGAAGCCAUUCCCCUGGCUGACCAGCCACAUCUCUUACAGCCCAAUGCUCGGAAAGAAGACUUGUUUGGCCGCCCAAGUCAGGGUCUCUAUUCCUCUUCAGCUAAUAGUGGAAAAUGCUUAAUAGAAGUGACAGUAGACAGAAACUGCCUGGAGGUUCUGCCAACCAAAAUGUCAUACGCUGCUAACUUGAAGAAUGUAAUGAGCAUGCAGAACCGACAGAAAGAAACCGUAGAAGAAAAUGCACCUGCAGAAGAAGUAGAAAACUCAAAGCCUGGACCUUCUGCACAUGAUCUAGCAGCUCAGCUAAAAAGCAGUUUAUUGGCAGAAAUUGGUCUGACUGAGAGUGAGGGUCCGCCUUUGACAUCAUUCAGGCCACAGUGCAGUUUUAUGGGCAUGAUGAUAUCCCAUGAUAUGCUGUUGGGGAGGUGGAGAUUAUCCCUUGAACUCUUUGGUCGAGUGUUUAUGGAAGAUGUGGGAGCAGAGCCUGGUUCUAUUCUCACAGAGUUGGGGGGUUUUGAAGUGAAAGAGUCCAAGUUCAGAAGAGAGAUGGAAAAGCUUAGAAAUCAACAGUCUAGAGACCUAACCCUGGAGGUACGAGUGGAGGUUGACAGGGACCGAGAUCUCCUUAUUCAGCAAACCAUGAGACAGUUAAACAAUCAUUUUGGGAGAAGAUGUGCCACAACACCAAUGGCUGUCCACAGAGUGAAAGUCACCUUCAAAGAUGAGCCUGGAGAAGGCAGCGGAGUGGCCCGAAGCUUCUACACAGCUAUCGCACAGGCUUUUCUUUCCAAUGAAAAAUUGCCGAGUCUAGACUGUGUCCAGAACGCCAACAAAGGGACUCAUACAAGUUUGAUGCAGAGACUAAGAAACAGAGGGGAGAGAGAUCGGGAAAGGGAAAGAGACAUGAGAAGGAGCAGUGGUUUACGAGCUGGUUCUCGUCGGGAUAGAGACAGGGAUUUCAGAAGACAGCUGUCUAUUGAUACCAGACCAUUCAGGCCAGCCUCUGAGGGGAAUCCCAGCGAUGACCCUGACCCAUUACCUGCUCACAGACAGGCUCUUGGCGAGAGGCUUUAUCCACGGGUACAAGCCAUGCAGCCGGCCUUUGCUAGUAAAAUUACUGGUAUGCUGCUAGAAUUGUCUCCUGCGCAACUACUACUGCUGCUGGCCAGCGAGGACUCUCUAAGAGCGAGGGUAGAUGAGGCUAUGGAACUGAUAAUAGCACAUGGAAGGGAAAAUGGAGCAGACAGUAUUCUUGAUCUUGGCUUGUUAGAUUCAUCUGAAAAAGUGCAAGAAAACCGAAAGCGCCAUGGUUCCAGCCGCAGUGUGGUUGAUAUGGAGCUGACAGACACAGAUGAUGGAGAUGACAACGCACCCCUAUUUUAUCAGCCUGGUAAAAGAGGUUUCUAUAGCCCAAGGCCUGGCAAAAACACAGAAGCGCGGUUAAACUGUUUCCGUAAUAUUGGAAGGAUUCUCGGCCUGUGUCUAUUACAGAAUGAAUUGUGUCCAAUCACACUAAGCAGACAGGUUAUUAAAGUUUUGCUUGGCAGAAAAGUAAACUGGCACGAUUUUGCAUUUUUCGAUCACGUGAUGUAUGAAAGUUUGCGACAGCUUAUCCUUGCCUCCCAGAGUCCUGACGCAGAUUCAGUGUUUGCAUCUAUGGAUCUAGCCUUUGCAAUAGACCUGUGUAAAGAAGAAAGUGGCGGACAGGUUGAACUUAUUCCCAAUGGUGUAAAUAUCCCUGUAACCCCCCAGAAUGUAUAUGAAUACGUCAGGAAGUAUGCCGAGCACAGAAUGCUGGUAGUUGCAGAACAACCUCUUCAUGCAAUGAGAAAAGGAUUGCUGGACGUGCUUCCAAAGUCUGCGCUGGAAGAUUUAACAGCUGAGGACUUCAGGCUUCUUGUCAAUGGCUGCGGUGAAGUGAAUGUUCAGAUGCUGAUCAGUUUCACAUCGUUCAAUGAUGAAUCAGGAGAAAACGCAGAAAAGCUAUUGCAGUUCAAGCGGUGGUUCUGGUCCAUAGUUGAGAAGAUGAGUAUGACAGAGCGACAAGACUUAGUGUAUUUCUGGACAUCAAGCCCAUCUUUACCCGCCAGUGAGGAAGGAUUUCAGCCCAUGCCAUCCAUCACUAUCCGCCCGCCAGACGACCAACACCUCCCGACAGCGAACACGUGCAUCUCCCGCCUCUACGUCCCUCUUUACUCCUCCAAACAGAUUCUUAAACAGAAGUUAUUACUUGCUAUUAAAACCAAGAACUUUGGUUUUGUGUAGAGUAAAUAAAGUGUGCCCCCUCUGUAAUAUACCUAGUAAAACAAUGGGUUUUGUAGAUCUUCUUUUCCAUUUGUCAAUCUAAAACAAGAUAUGAAGGUUACUGCUGUCACGCCCCCUGGUGGUCACUUUGUCACUUUCAGUGCUCCGGCCACGGUCACUACCGACACCAGUCGGGAUAAGACAUUCCUCAGUCAGCUGAAGGUACAGACACCCCACGGAACAGGACAGCAGAAGAGGAUUACACUGUGAUGAAUAGCGAGAAGACCAGGCGGAUAUGUAUCACUAUUCACCUACUGCCUUUGUGGAAACUUUCAUCGCUGUCUCUUGGAAGGGAGUGCGCAAUUGCAAUGUAAAAAAAAUAUUCUGUUCCCCUAACUUUUUUAUGUGUGGGAAUGUUUGGGUACAUUUUUUCCCCCCCCCCCCUUCGCCCAUGCUAUUUAAUUUGUAGUUUGGCUACUGUGAUGUACAUGAUGUAUAUUAAACUUGUAAAAGUGAUAUCCAGAUAUGAAAUAUCGAGCUUAUGUUGCACUAUUUUGUUUUGAAGUGUCACUUGCCCAGAUCUUGGUCUGACCAAGGCUUUUCUCCAUAGACUGGAACGAUUGUUAACCAUGGGUUCUUUUUGUUUUGCAUGUACAAAUACAGCUGUCAUUUUAUGUUCUAUGCACUCAAACAAAUCACCUUUGUUAUUUUCUAAAGUCAUCCUUCACUUUAUUAUGCUCUGUCAAUUCCUAAUCAAAUGGGGAAAGUACAACUCAAAGCCGAUCUCUACUGUUUUUACUUUAAAUGGAAGCUUUUAGUAAAAAAAAAAUCAAACAACAAAAUGAAAAACCUA